GCAGAUCCCGUAGCGGAGAUCCGUCACUCGCCGGAGAGCUGCGCCGUUCCGCAAUAAGAUGAGUACCGGGCUGUAGCGUCUCUCUCUCUAUCUCUCUCUCACACUCUCUCCCUCCUCCUCCUCCUCCUCCCAGCGCCUGUGUGUGCAGCCAGCGACAGCAGAAGCCGGUGGCGAUGGAGACAGCGGCGGGGCAGCAGGCAGAGAGCGGGCACAACCUCCCGGGCACGGUCAAUGCAGCGGAGAGUGCGGGCGGGGCGGCACCGCCACCACCUCCAACAAAAGAUUUCUCCCCUGUCUCGGAUGAACCGGUUUCAGAUGCAUCUGAAGCAAAGACUUCACCAUCAUCCGAGGAUUCUGCUCACCUGGCUGCAGGUUCCUUAGAGACACCAUCUCAUCCAGCUGCUGCAGCUCCAGUGCCCGUCACAGGUGAGGGAGGAGUCAAGCCUCAGGCAGCUUCCACCAAGGGCAAGAUGCAGGUCUUCACAUCUACAUCUGCAAAAUCCUCAACAGCUAGGGCCCAGGCUGCUGCCAGCUCUAAGAGGGCCAUUAAAGCUCCCAGUGCCAGCAAAUCUAUCGGUCCCGUCGCCAGCCCCAAAAGACUCCUCUCCUCGAUAAACCAUGGCGGCACGGGUGCUAAAGUGCCGACUGCAAAGCCUCGUGACUCCGCGCCGGAGGUCAGCAGAAGUCGACUGCCAGCAGCCAAAGGGUCAAAAGCCACAGCCAGACCGGCGGCCACGCAGAAGGAAUCUAGUCACUCGCCAGACCACCGACGGGCCACAGGGGACUCUGUGGCCAAGCCAGGAGCGGGUGGGAGUGGAUGCAGCAGCCCAGGAGGUCCUGGGACCCCCAGCAACCGAUCGCGUACUUCGUCUCAGCAGUCCUCGGGGUCCACUAAGGACAUAAAGAAAGUGGCUGUUGUACGCACGCCCCCAAAGUCCCCCGCGGCUGGCAAGGCACGUCUGGCCCCCGUCGCUGCACCCAUGCCCGAUCUGAAAAACGUCAGGUCCAAGAUUGGAUCCACAGAAAACAUUAAACACACCCCAGGCGGGGGAAAGGUGCAAAUCGUCCACAAGAAGGAAGAUUACAGCACCGUGCAGGCAAAGUGCGGCUCCAAGGACAAGAUCCGAUAUAUGCCAGGAGGUGGAAACGUACAAAUAACGAGCAAGAAGGUUGAUCUGAGUCACAUCUCCUCAAAAUGUGGAUCUAAAGAUAAUAUCCGUCACAAGCCAGGUGGCGGUAAUAUCGAGAUCAAAUCACAGAAAGUUGUCUACAAAGACAAAGCCCAGUCCAAGAUUGGUUCGAUGGACAACAUCACCCACACACCAGGAGGGGGCGCCAAGAAGAUUGAAACUCACAAGCUGUCUUUCCGCGAGUCAGCUAGAGCCCGCACAGAUCACGGUGCAGAAAUCGUCUACGUAUCCCCGACCCCUUCCAACGAGGGCUCCCCUUGCCGACUCAGCAACGUGUCCUCCACUGGCAGCAUCAACAUGAUGGAGUCUCCACAGCUCGCCACACUCGCUGACCAGGUCUCGGCCUCUCUGGCCAAGCAGGGCUUGUGACUGUUGUUUUCAAGCAAGUUUGAAGUUUGCACCUGUCUAAACGAACCUGGCGUCUGAUCUUGCAUACACCACCUCUGGGUUUGCCUGCAUCUCUGACCAGUUACAGACAGUGGUGCUUUGUUGUCUUUUGUGUGUUCAUUCUUGAUCUGCAUUAUUUAGGCUUUUUGAGAAGUCUGGGAUGUUAGAAGUAGCUUGUCCCUUUAUUUAGAGAUUAGUUGCUAAGAUACAGUAAUGGCUGAAAUGUAAUGAAUGGUACAA